AUGCGAGGCGCAGUCUUUGCGUUCCUUACUGCUGCACUUGCAAACUCUGUUGCUGGCAAUACCUUCAUCCAGCCAUUGCCUUCGCGAUCUUUCUACAACACAUCCAACUCGUUGGUCGCAGUACCGUUUGGUACACCCAGCAAUGUCAAGCUCUCCGAGCCAUCACUCGUCCAGACAACGGGCAAUAUCGACUUGAACGACAUCGCCUCUGACGAAGCAUGGAACAAGUACAAGGCGAAAGGUUUGUAUUACGGCUGUCUGCUAGACAUGUCUAAUGAGAGCGCCGGGAAGGCGAUGAAAGACCUGAGAAUCCCACCAUCUGCCGAGUCUGUCUGGCAAGGUGAUCUUCGAAACGAGAUCCACAAAUGGGGUUGGCACGAGGCCUACUACAUGCCAGAAGUGAAUUGCGACUUCCGCGACGACCCAACCAUGGGCACCAAUCGAAUCGGCACAGCCCUAUCCGCACUCGGACUCAGCCCACUGCCCGCCAGCGCAGGCGGAGAUAACGAAUGUUACUCGAUCGAGCACUUUGACGAAACGCUGAUGGAAGACGAGGACGACGAGAUACCCAUCGACGAGCAAUACUACAACAUCAACGGCCUCGACUACCCCUGCACAGGCGCUUACUACCGGUUCGCGCUGAACAAGAAAGGCGGCGCCAUCUUCGCGCAAAACCUCCUCAAGCCCGAUUCCGCCGUGCUCGAGAAUCUAGGUGAAGACGUCCCGACCAGCCUCCUACCCCAGCUGCAUCGUGGGUCGGAUAUCUUGUGGGGGUACUGGGUGCGCGACAACCCCAACCUGAAGAAUCUGUUCAACUACUUCGUGAACCACGUCCGCAAUGAUGAGACAUUGCCGUUGAUCGCGCGGGUGCUGAAGAACCAUGGGUUGGAACGGUUACCUUAUUGGCCGGGGGUCGAGCUGGCGAUGGACAGUGAGGAUGCGGAAGCGCUUUUGGGCUCCCCAAUAGGCUCCACAAUCGCGCACCUUCUCCUCCAGCACAAGACGGCCCUGGGCGUCAAGAACUUCGAGGCCAUCCAUGUCUUCCGCGAUAAUUUCCCCGAGGAUACGUCUGCCGGUGCAAUACCUGAGGUCCAGUUGCUGUUUAGGAUCCUCGAUGUGCCUCCUGAUGAAGUUGAUGACUCGGAUUCGGAUACCGAGAUGGAGGAUGCGUCUGGAGUGGGGCGGAGGCGGGCGCUGAAGCUAAAGCGUGAGGAUCAGGAUGAGGGGGGAGUGGUGGUGGCGGUUCAACAGAUGGGGAAGAGGGAUUUUGUGCAUGAGCAUAGAGUUACGGUGAGUUUGGACGCGGACUAG